AUUUUUUAAAAUUUUAAAUAUUUUUUCACACGAUCUAAUAAAAUUGUGCAUGAUAUUAGGUUACCAGUGUCAUCCGAAUGACUUAUUACUUUCGUGUUACAUUUCACUUAACUUAAUCGGAUAUGUAAGCAAAUAUUCACUUCUUCAUUUAGUUUUAUUUUAUUUUAUUAUAUUACUUGAACUGAUAGAAGAUAUGGCUGAACAUUUGCAAAGUGAAGCUGCACAAGAGGUUCUCCAGGAGGGGUUCAAACCACGUAUCAUAGCAAAAGCGAUUGAGAAAAUUCUUCAAAAGACGGGUGAGAAGAACAUAUUCAAAGAUAUCAUUCUUCAUGAAAUUGAGCAAAUGAUCAAAAAUGGAGAGAUUAAAGAGGAAUCGUGUAAAAUACCCUCAACGUGCAAUAUUGAUGAUAUCUUGAACAAAAAUUCAACUUCAGAUGUACAUACUCUACAGGAGGAUGUUACCCAGUUAAAAAGGUGCUUGUAUUGUUGUGUGUGCCUGACCAGGAAAUCUGAGUAUGUUUUAGAAGGAUGCGGUCAUCUUUUCUGCCAGAAUUGCUUCCCAAGAAGUGUACGCCUAUGUCCAGUGUGUGAUCAACAGAUUAUAGAAUGUCACGGAAUCAAGCAUACAAAGCUCUCAGAUCUGAAACAAGAUGAAUGAGUUUAAAAGGGGACUGGAUUUACAAUCUGAAAGCAUUUGUUUUUCCGACAAUUUUUUUUUUGUGAUUUUGAUAAAUUGAUAUUGAAUAUGUUCGAAUGAUAAAUGUCAAAUGAAAAAGGGCAGGAGGGAAAUUUAUCAAAAGGUGUGUUACUGUUUAUUUUACUUUACAGAGUCAUUUUUUUUACAAUUGGUAUUGUAGUUAAUUUUAUAUACGGUUUUACAAUUGUUUUUAUUUUCAAAUUUUAUAUUUUUAACAUAUUUUAAAUGUUUACAAUUGUUAUUUUUAUACACUUGUUCAUUAUUGUUGAGGUACUAUAAACGCAACGUUUGUCACUUGUUUCACACGGAUAUAUUUAUAGACAUCUUGAACAUUCGCUGAAAUAUAAAAGGAGCUUACUUACUUAAGGGUACUGAUUGCACACUUCAGAAUACAUACUUCCAUGUACAUGUAUUACUAAUGUUGGGUAAAAUACUGUAAUUUUCCCGUUCAAGACUAUCAUAAAAUGGUCACAGAAAUAUUUGCAAUUUUAAGACAGUAAAAUACUCAACUUUUCCCUUAAGAUUUCAGUUUGCAAUUGGUUCAAUGUCUUCAUGUUUAAUUGCACAAUAUGCAAUCUCAACAGAUGAUGAACAUUUAAAGGAUAUUAUGUAUGUAUAAACGACAGGCACCUGACGUUACUUAUUUUUCUUUUAAUAAAAAAAAUAUACAUAUACCUAAUAAUUAUUAGGUAUGUGUAUAAUUUUUGUUAUUAAAAGAAAAAUAAGUAACGUCAAGUGCCUGUGGUAUAAACCGUAAACAUUCUAAAAUAUGUUAACGCUAUAAGAUAAACCAAUUUUUUUGGAAUCUGUCGUGAUUUUGUUUAUUAUAAAAUAUGAAAAUUCUUAAUAUGUAAUGGAUUUUCAGCUGUCCAGUAAACUGACAGUCAUGAAAACAUUUAACUUAAAUUCCUCAAAUGCUGAAGUUUUAUGUAGCCAUGUGUUAAAUUUGUUUUACCUUAUACAGGAAUAUUUAACUCUGUAUAAGGUACUGUUAUGAGGAAUUGCAUUCUUUUUAUAUAGCAUAUAACCGAAAAUUCUUAUAGGUAUUUGAUUAAUGGAUUUGCAAGAAGGCGUAAAAAGCUUUCUGGGGUUAUUUUGAAGAUGUUUUAUAAGUAUUUUAAUUUGUACAAAUAUUAUUACACACAAAUGCUUUGAGCGUCGUGUGAAGGUUUAUGUUUUUUUAAUAAAGAUUUGUAUCAUUAGUAGCAAAAACUGUUAAUAUGGUAUGUGUUUUUUAUUUGUAUAAGUACUGAGUAUUUGAUAUAUAGAUUUGUGCUCUAUUAAAUUAAGAAGGGAAUCCUUGAAAGACUUAAACCUACUUACACUUAUCAUGUAUCGAAUUAUUUUAAAAAAGAAACAGUGAUCAUGCUGAGUAUAAAGAAUGUUAAGAUGUAAAUAUUUCUAUCUUGUUGAAAAUAAGAGUAAACCUUGUGUUUAUAUUGUACCAUUA